CAACAAAGGAAACAUUAACCCUGCAGCUUCGACGGACUUCAUGAAGCCGCAAGAUAUGUCGGAUGAUGUUUGCACCACGUCAAUGCCACUGGAUAGCUAAGGACUGGAACAAGGUUUUGUUUAGUGACGAGUCUAAGUUUCAUAUUUUUGGAAGUGACGGAGUGCAGUUCGUAAAUCGUCCAGCAAAUAAAAGACUUGAAAAUUGAGGGCACCAUGGAUGCUCUACGCCGAAUGGGAAAUGCCGCUAAAGUUUACAUUCCAACAUGAUAAUGACACCAAACAUACUGCCAAACUUGUGAAGGAAUGGUUUGGGGCAAAUAAAAUUCAAGUUUUAAAAUGGCCACUGCAAUCACCGGACUUGAACCCCACUGAAAAUCUUUGGGAGAUAAUUGAGAAACAGAUUCGAACCAAAAUUAUCAGCAAUCGUGCUCAGUUAUUUAAAGAGAUUGAUAAUGCUUGGAAACUAAUGGAUCCAGCUAUAAUUUCCAAUCUCAUUGGGUCGAUGCCAAAUAUACAUAUGUCAAAAAGUAAUUGAGAACAAAGGGUACUGGACGAAGUAUUAGUUUAGUUUCAUUAAUAUAGGAUACAAAUGUAUUUCAAGGAUAAGUCUUUCUAAUUUUGUCGCAUAUAGUUUUUUAUAUUUUUUUUUUGUUUUCUCUAAUAAAUCUUUGGAAACAACGUUUAUGAAUUUAUUUUAGUAUCAUUU